AUGAUGAGCCCCAAGACAAAUAAUCUUGAUCAAAUUGAAAUGAACAAAUCACAUGAAAUAUUAAAUGGAAAAGGAACAACUGGUGGUUUAUUAUCAACAUUUAAUCGUAAACGACGUCAUACAUUUGAUGUCGAUUUAAAAGUUGAACGUGUUCUUUCUCUUCCAUAUGCAAAUGGAAAAUUUUUCUUUAAAAUUCGUCUUUUAAAUGGUGGAAAUCAUAUUUAUACAUGUCAUGAACGAUUUGAAGUUCAUGAAAAUAAAGUUGAAUUUAAUAUCAAUGAUCAUUUUACAGUCAGAAUGACAUCCCGUGUUGAUAAUUUUACACUUGAUCAUUGUCUCUGUCGAAUUUCAAUACGAAAAGAAGGACGUGGUGGUCGUUCCUAUGAAAAAAUUGGUUUUUAUGAUUUGGAUUUAGCAUCAGUUGCUGGAAGUGGUGAUGAAUCAAAAGCAUGUCUACUUAAUGGUUAUCAACAAACAAAUAGUAGUCCAGCUAAUGCUUAUCUUGAGAUAAGUAUGAAAAUAACAAUUCUUGAAGGUGAUCAUAUUUUUCGAAGACCAGAUAAUGAUCAUCCAUAUAUAAAAGUUGAACAAGCUUUACCAAAUAAAAAAACUCAUGAUCAAUGUACAGAUGAAUGUUCAUCAACAAUGAGUACAUCAGCUGGUGAACUUUAUCCACCAUCAACAACAAAUUCAAAUCGUGGUCAUUCUCGUCAAGCGAGUAAAAGUAGUGUUUGUUCAAAUUAUUCAACAAAUAGUGUCAAUAGUACAAAUAAUUCAAUUUCACAUGAGAAAAAUCAUUUGAGACAUUUAUUAAAGGAGUCACAUCAUUUUCACAAUUCCCAUUCUGAUCCCAAUAUGCUUGCUAAUGUCAGGCAAGGUAGUGACGAAGAGAGUUAUCAACAAUCACAACGACGUGUUAAUCAUAAAAGAAGAACUCCAUUUAUUGAUCAAUUUGGAGAUAUUCAAAGAAGAUUACAUUCAACAAGAAUUGAUGCUACAGAAAUAGUCAAUAGUGUCAUGAAUAAUAAUGCUAAAACAGUAGGAAAUUCUAAUGGUUAUUUAUGUUUAUUGUAUGAUGAAGAUGGAACAGCACAUGUUGGUUCAUCAUCAUCAUGUCAAUCUCUUCAGUCAACACCAGCGUCUCUCUUUGUAUCUACCUAA